AUGGCCCGGCGGCUGGGCUUCGCCACAGUCCGCGAGUUCGAGCACUGGGAGGAGGAGAACGUGCUCGACCACUUUGCCAACUUUGUCUGCGACUACCUGGGGCACGGGUACACGGUUGUGCCAGAGAAGAAGGGAUUCGUGGAGUUUGUCGACCUGGACGAUGCCGUCGCCGCCCGGAUCCAGGUUUUGGAAGAGAGGAGGUUCGAGCUGGCGCUUGCGCCGGAUAAGACGGAAUGCAAUGCUGACGACUGGACACGUGUAGGGACCGCAAAGGACCACUAUAAGCAGUUCAUUGUCGGAGUGGUGGCGGAUGAGUUGUGGAUGGCGAACCACGGGAUUGCAAAGGCCGAGGUGUCGGCCAGAGGCUGGUCGGCAAAGGAGCUGACGAUUAAUAUGUACAAGCUGUUAGAACUUCUGAUCCAGGAGUGGAUGUCUGGGACGUGGCAAGUUGGCCACCGGGUAAAGUUUCGAGGGUAG